CGCCCGGCCCGGCCUACCCCGGUCGACGCACCGCCGCCCCGGUCCACAGCAUCCUUCCCUCCCCAAAGGAAAACCACCCACACGUACUACGCGCUUCCUUCCACGACCUUCCUCCCACUUUCCCCGCCCCCUCUACCAGUCCACCGCCGAUGCCGCCGGCCUCGCCGCCCACCUGACGCCAUGCCGCGCCACUACCGUCGGAUCCUCUUCUCCGACGACUGCGAUCCUUGGUAUGGCUGUCCCCCGCCUCCCGCCCCUCCCUUCUUCACUCCUUCCCCCUCUCCCUCGCCUUCCUCUCCGCCUCCGAUCACAUCGCCUUCUCCUCCUUCGCCUUCUUUCUCCUUCUAUAUCCCUACUAUCUCGGACCUCGCUCCGUGCCCUUCCCCCGUCCAUGCCGGCGGCGGUGGUGGGAGAGACCAGGGAGGAGGAACUUACGGGUACGGCGCAGUCGAUGACCACCGCCGCCGCUUCGUCACCUACGUCCUCAGCGCCGCCGCGGCGCUCGCGUUCCUCUCCCUCAUCCUCCUCGGCGUCUCGAUCGCCGUCCGUCGCCGGCAGAUGCGGCGCCGGCGGCAGGCGCUCCUCGCCCAGGCGCCGGCCGCCGCGACCAACGUCGGCAACGACGACCCGGAGGGCGGCGGCGGCGGGGGCGGCGUGGUGCACCACGUCUGGUACAUCCGGACCGUCGGGCUCGACGAGGCCGCGAUCGACUCGAUCGCGGUGACGCCGUACCGCGCGGGGUCUGGCCUCCUCGGCGCCGCCGACUGCUCCGUGUGCCUCGGCGAGUUCAACGACGGCGAACUCGUUCGCUUGCUGCCCAAGUGUGGCCACGCGUUCCACGUCCCCUGCAUCGACACCUGGCUCCGCGCCCACGUCAACUGCCCGCUCUGCCGCUCUGACGUGAUCGACCCCGCCGCCGCGCCCGCCGGAGUCGGCAUCGAGUCCAACCCACCAGCUGAUCCAGAUGCGAGCGCCAACGCCGCAGCCGAGCAAGCGGCUGCCGCGAGCGAUUCGACGCUGGAGCAUGAAGACGAGGAGGAGGAGGACCAAGAAGCGCCGCGCGUGGAAGAAGACCAGCACGAGCAGCAACCCAGUUCGCCAGAGCCAGAGCCAUUGCCGCAGCUCCCAGGCCCGCUGCCGCGGAAUGUGCGGCGCGCGGCAUCCAUGAACGCGGCGAUGGUCUCAACGGCGGCAGAUGUCGCCGCGCUGGACCGGCUGCCUGACGCGGCCCCCGAAGGGGAGGAGCAGAAUGGCCGAGAUAAGCAUCAAAGUGGUGCGACCGGCCAUCCGAGCACCGUGAGGCCCGCGUCCGGCGGUCUCCCGAGGUCCUUCUUCUCGCGGCACUGCCGCGCUCGGAGCUCUGUGCUGCCGCUCUGACGGUGCCGAGAUCCCGAGCUGAAUUUUGAUCCUUGUCGCCAAUAAUGUUACCCGAUCGACGCCCCAAAUGCGUGUAAUACUUGUUGCUUGUAAUCUCAAAACCGAUGAUUGCGAGUUCAAACGCGAAAUGCAGCAAAGAAAAGUCUGCAAUCGAUAAA